UUUAGAGGAGUACAGAAGUCCACUUUUUGGGUAACCAAGGGAGGACCCCUUCCAUUUUCCUUUGACAUACUUUCGUCAGUCUUCAAAUAUGGAAACAGAUGCUUUACUAAGUAUCCUGCCGACAUGCAUGACUAUUUCAAACAAGCAUUUCCUGCUGGAAUGUCAUUUGAAAGGACAUUUACAUUUGAGGAUGGAGGAGUUGCUACAGCCAGUGGACACAUUUGGUAUAAAAGUGAUGAUUAGUCUCGGAUUGACACAAUACUCUCUAAAAUUAAUCUUCAAGGUCAUUUUUUACACGGAGAAGGGAGCGCCCUUUUUGAAAGUGUAACUUAGUUGUGAUUCUCCCGAGAACGCUUCUUGUCUAGCUACAGGGGAACAAAUGUACACAAAAAGCAUAGUGACCAGAGAAUAUGAAGAAUAUGCUAAAUUUUGAAAUAGGCAUCUGUGAGAAAAUGGAUUAAGUUUGAAAAACGUCGUAGCAUAAUUCCACAGAGUACAUUGCACUCUAGGUAUGUGACACAGUUACAAGAGUAAUUUUACAUAUUUUAAUUGAUAUCUCAAAUUUUCUUAAUCAUACAGUCUUGAGGGAAAUUGGUUUAAGCACACAUCCAUGUUUCAUGGCGUUAACUUUCCCGCUAACGGACCCAUAAUGCAAAAGAGGACAAUUGGCUGGGACCCUUCCUUUGAAAAAAUGACCGUCUCCAACAACAUAUUGAGAGGUGAUGUAACUAUGUUCCUACAACUCAAAGGGGGCGGUUAUCACAGUUGCCAGUUUCACACUUCUUACAAGUAAGUAUUCUGUCUCUGUAACAGCUCCAACGGUUGAAUAUCAUUCCUUUUGAGCAUCUGGAUCUCAUCUUCUGUGCUUUAAGGGAAUAAAAGCAACCGAAGAGAACGCUAAGAUGAAAAAGGCCUUGAGAAAACGGCUUAACACUAAUUUCCCUUGUCGUUAAAAUGUUUGGGAUCGAAUAAGAUUCUCCACAAGAUACUAAAAGUUAUCUAUUAUAAUAUCCUUUAAAACUUAGAACGUUCCCUUCCCUCUAUUUCUUAGUAAAAGAUGUUCAGGGAAAACAAUCAUUAUUAAUACGAGUAAUUGCUGAACUUCACUGUAAAAGCAAAGUUUAAAAGCAUUGAUGUUGAUAAAACAAGUAAAAAACCCAACGCUGAUAGGCGAGUAAAACACAUAUUUUGUAUUUUUAUAAGUAUUUUUUCCCUUUUGCACAGAACAAAGGAGCCGGUCACGCUGCCUCAGAACCACGUCGUAGAACAUCGCAUUACGAGGACCGACAUUGAAGACAAAAAGGUACGGCUGGAAGAAACUGCUGUGGCUCAUAUUAACCCUUUGUAA